AGAAAAAGAAGGAAAAAAAGAAGAAUGAAAAUGAGAGGGACGGAGUCAGUCAAAAAGUCAAAGACUCAACUGUCACUAAAGCACUCGUUACAUUUAUCUCCUUACCUAUCGAACACCAAUAAUCAAUAAAGUGAGUAUUUACUCCCCUUUUAUUUCUUUGCUGAGCUUCUAAUGCGAUUGUUCUUGAAGAUGAUUUGGAACUCAAGUGUGCAUGCCAUCGCGAAGCAGUUUUGUUGUUGUUUAUGUGGGUAUUUGUGAUUGGUGAGGAACCCCAUGCAGGCAUGAGGGACUUCAUUGUUGAUUUUGAGUACUUUGCUGAGGGACUGAGUUGGUAUUUGUUAGAGGCUUUUGAGUUUGUUGCAGAAGAACUACUUGCACUUUGUUUGGUUAUUGUCGUUUUGGUUGAGGAGUUUAUUGGAUUUUUCUUCUGCCAAAUCUUGAUUGCUUAGAGUAUUCAGCAUCCAGAAAAAUUAUUACAGAGCCCCAUAUCAGAAGUGUUUGCUUACACAUUUGUAUGAGGGUCAGACUGCUUAGUGGAUGGUAAACCCAAGUGGGUGUUGAAGAUCGAGAACCUAGAAAACAGGAAACAAGGACAGUCCUGGGUCAAACUUAGUUUUCAGGUAGAAUUUGCUGCAGACCAAACUGGGGGACUUUUUAUCACUAUGAUAAUGGAUGCCAUUCAGAAUACAGUGUAUUACUGUUGCAUUUAUAGGGGUAACAGGAUUUUGUACACCUAUAGUGGUGGAGACCAUGAAAUCGAGAAUUUGGCCGUUUUGUGCUUAGAAAGAACUCCCCCGUUCCAUAGGUGGUACUUUGAGACAAUGUGUAAAAAAACUUUUGGGUUUUUGAUGGAAGAUGGGUAUGUUUAUUUCACAAUUGUUGAUGAGGGUCUGGGUAACUCGGGUGUUCUUCGAUUUCUAGAACAUGUGCGAGAUGAAUUUAAGAAGGUAGCAAGAAAAGGUUCAAGGGGAAGUUUUUCAAGUAUGAGCUCAAUUGGUUUACAGGAGCAGUUAGUGCCUGUCAUCCGGCGGUUGAUCACCAUAUUGGAGAAUGUUUCUCAGGGUGGCAGUGAUUGGACUGGUGAAACACGCUCAUCACUUCAUGUCGGUCUGUCUCCAUCAUCACAUAAUGUAAAUGGGCAAAUUGAAACUGUUAGUUCUACAAAAGCCCCUUUGUUGGGAAAAUCCAGCAAGCAAGAUAAGAAGAAGGUAAAGGAUCAUGUCAUUGGAAUGAGAGACAUGGAGCUGGAGGAGAACCGAAGAUCUACAGACAGAGGAGUCAAGGCUGAUUUGGAAAGCCUGGAUUCUCAUAAUCAAGGUGGGGCAGGUUCCUCAGUCUCAUUGCAGAAAGAUAUGGGUUCUAUGAGGAUAAGAUCAGGUUCUCAAAGUAUUCGAAAGAAGUAUUGGCAUCAAGUACGAAUUGUUCUUGCCAUUGAUGCAGUUGUCUGUAUAAUUUUGUUUGUGAUCUGGCUAUUGAUCUGUCAUGGUAUUUCUUGCCUUCGUUGAGAGAUUGCCAUUUCUAUUAGAUUUUGAAGCUUAAUUUGUGGUCUCAAAGUUAAGUUGGCAAUUUGCACCAUGAUGAUUUCGAAGAAAGUGAAGCAAAUUCUUUGAAGAAGAGGUUCCUGUAGAGGGUGAAGGACGGAAAGCCACAUACUGAUCUUAUUGGUAGGAUUUUAUAUAUAUCUGAAGGCAUGUCCCUUAAAAUUAUGCAUUCAGCCGCAUUGGAUAUAGGAAACUUGCUGUUUAGUCAUAGCUUUUGUAUGUACAUAUGAAGUAUUUAGGGAGAUUAUCAAGUUAUUGGUUUUAGUUAUUCUAUAUUUUGUUUGCUGAGAUGGUGUGAAUGUUCUGUAACCUUGAGACUUUCUUUGUUCGCUCUUUCUAUUUAUUUUGUGCACUGAAA